CCGCGGGGCGGCGCUGCGGGCGGAGGCCGGCCCCGCUCGCUGCCCGCCGCCGCCCGGCCGCGGCUGACGUGUCGCUGCGCGAUGGCGGCGGCCUGGGAGGAGAUCCGGCGGCUGGCGGCCGAUUUCCAGCGGGCGCAGUUCGCCGAGGUAGCCCACAGAUUGUCAGAACGGAAUUGUAUAGAAAUUGUCACAAAGCUGAUUGCAGAAAAGCAGCUGGAAGUAGUGCACACACUUGAUGGCAAAGAGUAUGUCACUCCAGCACAGAUUAGUAAGGAGAUCCGCGAUGAGCUUCAUGUUUCUGGUGGUCGAGUUAACAUUGUUGACUUACAACAGGUAAUAAAUGUGGACCUUCUGCACAUUGAAAACAGAGCUAAUGACAUUGUUAAAUCUGAAAAAGGUAUUCAGCUUGUACUGGGACAGCUUAUAAAUGAGAGUUAUCUGGAUCAAUUAGCAGAAGAAAUAAAUGAUAAACUACAGGAAACUGGCCAAGUGACAAUAUCAGAACUCUGCAAGGCAUACGACCUUCCAGGAGACUUCCUGUUACAGGCGUUAUCCAGGCGUUUGGGCAGAAUUAUUCAUGGACAACUAGACCAGGAAAACCGUGGGGUGAUUUUUACAGAAGCCUUCGUGUCCCGCCAUCGAGCACGCAUUCGUGGGCUCUUCACUGCAAUUACUCGGCCUACACCUGUAAGUAGCUUGAUCACUCGGUAUGGAUUUCAAGAACAUUUACUUUACUCUUUGCUAGAAGAACUUGUUAAUGCUGGUCGUCUAAAAGGCACCGUGGUUGGUGGAAGACAGGAUAAGGCUGUGUUUGUUCCAGACAUCUAUUCCAGAACACAGAACAAAUGGGUGGAUUCCUUUUUCAAGCAGAAUGGUUACUUAGAAUUUGAUGCAUUGUAUAGACUUGGCAUCCCUGACCCAGCAGGCUACAUUAAAAAAAGAUACAAGUCCGCACAACUCUUAUUUCUGAGAGCAGCUUGUGUUGGUCAAGAAAUUGUGGAUCAAGUUGAAGCCUCUGUGGAGGAAGCGAUCAGCUCUGGAAACUGGAUAGAUGUAGCAACUCUUCUGCCCAGCUCAUUGUCAGUAGAAGAUGUUGGCAUUUUGCUCCAGCAAGUGAUGAGAUCUUUAAACAAAAGCUCUUCAGGUUUAGUCUUCAGUGACACCAUUGCAGUCAGUGAGAAAUUUCUAAGCAGCUGUGCUGACCUCUUUUCUGAUCUCAUGCAACAGAAAGCGGAAAAGGAAAUUAAAAACAACCCUGUUAAUUUAAUCACUGAAGAAGAUUUAAAACAGGCUUCUUGUUUAGAGAGCUCAUAUGCUAAUAAAAAAGACAAAAAGGAUGAAAGAAGAAAGAAAGCAGCAGAGGGCAGUGGAAGCGUGAGAGGAGGAGGUGGUGGGAACGCCAGAGAGAUAAAGAUCAAGAAAACAAAGAAGAAAGGAAGAAAGGAUGCUGACAGCGAUGAAGAGUCACAAGGGACUGCUACAGGUAGGAAUAAGAAGCUGGAGUUCUCUUUCAUGUCACAAGAGGAAAUUGAGGAUGUUUUAAAGACUCGUAUGCAGGAUUGCCCUGAAGAGCUUAUUACAGAAAUUGCUGAACAUCUAAAAAGACCUUUGACAAAAACUUACCAGGAAGUUGUGCGUUCCGUUUUUACAUCUUCAACAUCUUCCUCUGGAGCCAACAGAAGACAGGCUAUGAAGGACUUGCAGGAGGAAUUCUCAAACCUGUACAACAACAUUCGGUUAUUUGAAAAGGGAGCAAAGCAUUUUACAGAUGAUACUCAGACUAACCUUGCCAAACACUUGUUGAAGACUCUGUGUACAGACAUUACAAAUCUGGUUUUCAACUUCUUGGCAUCUGAGUCAAUGAUGACAACAGAAAAUUACUCUACAAUCACAAGUGAGGGCAGAAUCAAGAUUUUAGGUAAACUGCCAGAAGAUACCAAAGGUCCUUUAACUAAACUGCAUACUUCUCUGAAUGGCAAGAGUAUAGAAGAUUUUCUUUCAUGCCUUGAUUCUGCAGUGGAUAUUUGUGGUGUUAUGGUGAAAAAAGGAGACAAAAAGAAGGAAAGGCAAGUCCUGUUUCAGCACAGACAAGCUCUGAUUGAACAGCUCAAAGUCACAGAAGAUCCAGCUCUUGUUCUGCACCUGACAUCAGUAUUGUUAUUUCAGUUUUCAACUCACUGCAUGCUUCAUGCACCAGGAAGAUCAGUACCACAGAUCAUUAAUUUCCUAAGUGGCAAGAUCCCAGAGGAUCAGUAUUCACUGAUAGUUAAAUACCAUGGAUUAGUGGUGAAACAAUUGACCAGCCAGACUAAGAAAACUGAACACGGAGACAGUGAAACAAAAGAUAACAUGGAAGAGGAGGAAGGAGCAGAAAGCAUACGAAAAGAGCUUCAGGAAAUCACUACCUCUAUCAAAGAUCUUGUUCUCAGACCUAGGAAAUUUUCUGGAACAGAGGAAUAAAACUGUUACUCAGCGCAUUUUCUUCUAUGCUGUAAAAAAGGGACAACAGGAAAUGCUUGACAGACUUUAAAUUUGGCCUCUAGUAGUUUGCAAAUUACAGCCAGGGAACACAGUCUCUGGGUUAUGGUGGCAAAUGGAAUUUUGUUACUUCUACAGUGUACUUCUAACGCACAUUAAUGUAGAUGUGGCAGAACACAGUUGACGACGCUUUGGGUACAAAACCAGUGGGUUUUUAUUGGCAUCCUCAUGUGAGACCUCAAGAAAUUACUCUUCAAAUAGCAGAGUAUUUUGUUCCAUACACACACAGGCAGAUAGUUUUACUUCUCUGAUUUGGAUUUGCAGUGAGAUAAGGAUUGCAUAUAUGCCUGUCUAUCUUAAUUUCAAAUACUGGUUUUAGAACAUAUUCUUACACCUAACAGCACACUAGCAAAGGCCAUCUUUACUCUGGUAUCAUUAGUGAAUGUUUUCAGUUUCUGUUCACUGGACUGCAACAGUAAAAACAAUUUGAGUAUGAGUGGAUAACAAUAAACUUAAGGGAUACUACUGAUGUAUUCUGCUAAUGUCUGAAGUAGCUGUUCUUUUAAAACUUCUGAUUCAGGAAAGGUGACUCUCUUUUGCAUCGGCAUUUUGGGAGCAGAUAAAUCCUGUUACACUUGACAUAUUGUAUAUGCCAUGUGUUUAUUCAGCAGACUUGUUGAGUGCUUAGUCCAACUCCCGUAGCAGAUAGAAACAUUCGCAUUCUGUCAGCUCUUGAGAGAACUUGUGGUUCUGUUCAUUCUGAGUUUCUUGAAAAUAAUUUAAUUCAUGAUCUUUCUACAUGAACUUCAUAGACAGAAAUACUGCUUCCCUCAAGUUUUUUGUGAGCCUUAUAUUUACAUUAACAGUACUUUAUGUCUUCAGAAAAGUACAAAAAUGUGAAAAAUUGAGUUCUAUCACUAUUAAUGCCAUAAUUCUUGUAUGGCAAUUAUACUUUAAAUUUAUUUUGGAGAGAAGAUAAUUUUCAAACUCGAAAGAUCUAAGUUCUGUUACUCCAGUAAUACUCAUUGAUUUCAUGUAUGUAAUUUCAGGGGGUUUGCGUAACAUCGAGGUUGAGUAAUAAGAGAUGAAAAACUUUCUUUUCACUAAAAAUGUCAUUCACCCAUCCUUGCCAGAAGUAAUGCUCAGAGAGGUCAAAUUCUGUGCAAAUUCUGCUCCAUUCAAAUUUUUCUGUUUUCCAGUAAUUCAUAUAUCCUUGUGAGCUUAAUCAUAAACAUAUCCAAGCCUGAAAUUGCAACAAUUGAAAGUUGAAGAGCCCAUGUAUGGAACCUCAGUAACAGAGUAACAAAUGUUGAGGUAAUUUUGGUGAAGUAAACAAUAGAAUUUUACACAUAUUUAAAAGGCAGUAAUGUUUAACAAUGUUCAUGCCAAUGCUGAUCUUUUAUCAGCCAUGAGGCAAGAAGAGUUUGGAAUUGUAAGGCAGAAGCAAAGGCAGUUGUUUCUCUUUCCUUGGUGGGAGGUUAUAACAGCUGACAGUAAAAUACAAUAAUAAUAAAAGGGGAAUAAAAGACAAUAAAUAUUCAGGUUGUUGAACUUUGUUUAAGAAAUAGUUUGUGUACCAGAAAUAGGUUUGAUUUUGUGUUGUUUAGCCAUAAUAAUAAGUUCCUGUAAUGAAUGUAAACAAUUUUAUAUGACAUUGAGCUCUUUUGUAAAUAAUAUGCUAUAUGAAAUUCUGUAUGCAAAUAAGAAAUUAUUUUAAUAACAUUAAAUGAUGAAGUAUUUGAAGA